CUAGCAUAAAUUCAUAGUCACUAUAAACUCAGGGCUGUUUAGUAUUCUGUACUAUAUUAGUGKGAAAUACUUUGCCGACUUCCAGCUGUUUUUCAAUCUUUUGUCAAAAAGCCAAGCGUCACUGAACACCUGCUUGAUUAUAGAGCACUGAAUCCAUCAGCCAACUCAAGCUAUUAUUCACCAGCCAUGUUACGACAAAUCAUACUGCAAUGGAAGCCAUCUAUGACUACAAUGCUGUGUUUAUUUGGSCUUCUUGCUUCAGGAUACUGCAGUUUCAAUGCAAGGGGUUGGGGGGAUCACAUCGAUUGGAAAACCCUUGAAGAAGGCAAAUUAGAGGCACAAAAUAGCCGUAAACCUAUGAUGAUUGUGGUUCACAAAAGCUGGUGCGGUGCUUGUAAAGCAUUGAAACCAAGGUUUUCGACGUCUUCUGAAAUUGCUGACCUUAGCAGAAAAUUUGUAAUGGUUAAUCUAGAGGACGAGGAAGAGCCAAAAGAUCAACAAUAUCACAUCGAUGGAAGUUAUAUUCCUAGGAUUUUCUUUUUAGACUCUUUUGGAGUGGUCCAGAAAGACAUAACGAACAAAGGAGGAAAUCCUUCAUAUAGAUAUUUUUAUAGCAAUGCAGAAUCAAUUGUCACGUCAAUGAAGACAGCACUCGAACAGAUGACCAAAGACAUCCAUCAAGCAAAAGAAUUGUGAAGGAAGCUCAGCUUGUCAUUCUUUAUUUCAAAUUAGAAAACAAUAUUAUAGCUAACAAUCAGAGUAAUUUACACAAUUGGGUCACCUGAACCUAUCAUCAUUUAAACUAGAAAUCAAGAAGUUUCCUUCGCUGGAUUAUCGUUGAGCUCCUGGAAUCAACACGGCUGUGAAGGAGUUUAACACAAUGUAGGAUCAAAUAAUACUUUCCGAAACAAAAUAUUGGAAAAUUCCUUCUGCAUAGUAUUUUAAGUUGCAAUUUUUUAUUUCUAGCUUGAUAGAAAAAAAUGCGUUGACUAAAACGAUUACUAAUAACAAUAAUAACUUAUUAAGCAUUAUAUAUAAUUUAAAUGCUUUACAGGAUAAAAAUUCAUAUAAAUAUUCAKAUAUAACUAUUUCAAAUAARGUUGUCGGAU